AUGUUCUUCUUUCUACACGAAAUGUGUCCCACUCAUACCGGGGUGUUUUACACUUUUUUCUUCCUCCUCUUUCAAGUUGACUUAGAAUUUUUCCUUUCUUUUUACUUCGGUUUUCUUUUUGUUUAUUAUUUCUCUUUUCUUUUUCUUUUUUCUUUUUUUUUUUUUUUUUUCAUUAACCGCCUUCAUUUUUUUUUGUAUUAUUCCCAAAUUCAUUUUUGUCGUCUUUUUCCGUUCUAUUCUAUUCUUAUUGUUGUUUUCUUCCUUUUUUACUUCCCCUUCUUUUCUAUUCCCUUUCCGCUUUCUUCCCCUCCUUCUCAGUGUGCUUGCUUCUUCCUAUCCUGCUUCCACCCUUUCUACAUUGCUUCUCUUUUUUUUCUCUUUUUCUUCUUUCACCCUUCUCGUUCAUAUUUUCUACUUUCUCUUCUGCGUUUUAUUAUUAUCCUCUUUCCAUUCCUACUCCGUCUUCAAUUCUCCCCCCCUCUAAUAUUUCUUUAA